GGGAGGCAGGGCAGCGGCAGGAGGGAGGAGCGCGGCGAGCGCUGCCCACAAUGGCGGGCAGGCAGAGGCAGAGGCAGAGGCAGAGCCGGCGGCGAGCAGCCGGGCGAGUGCUGCUGCCCGCUUUGCUGCUGGGCUUGUGCUGCCGGGCGGCGCCGGAGCGGGUCCGCUACGCCAUCCCCGAGGAGCUGGGCAGAGGCUCGCUGGUGGGGCCGCUGGCGCGGGACCUGGGGCUGAGCCCGGCCGACCUGCCGGCACGCCAGCUGCGGCUCAGCGCCGAGAAGCAGUACUUCGGCGUGAGCGGGGAGACCGGGAACCUCUACGUGAGCGAGAGGCUGGACCGGGAGGAGAUGUGCGGCGAGGCGGCGUCCUGCUCCGUCAGCUUCGAGGCGCUGGUGCAGAACCCGCUCAACGUUUUCCACGUCGAGGUGGCCAUCCAGGACAUCAACGACAACGCCCCGCGCUUCCUGCAAGACAGUUUCCAGCUGGAGAUCAACGAGUUUACUUCUCCCGGCGCCCGGUUCGCCUUGGGCACGGCCGAGGACGCAGACGUGGGCAGCAACUCGCUGCAGGGCUACGAGCUGGAGGCCAACGGGUACUUCGCGGUGGAGGUGAAGGAGAGCCAGGACGGCAGCAAGUUCGCGGAGCUGGUGCUGCGGCGCGCGCUGGACCGGGAGAGCGAGCAGAGCCUGCGGCUGGUGCUGACGGGGCUGGACGGCGGCGAGCCGCCCCGGAGCGGCACCGCCCAGCUCUGCAUCAACGUCAUCGACGCCAACGACAACCCACCCGUGUUCGCGCAGGACCGCUACCGCGCCAGCCUGAGGGAAGACGCGCCGCCGGGCUGGAGGGUGCUGAACGUCUCUGCCUCCGACGCCGACGCCGGCACCAACGCCCGCAUCACCUACGGCUUUGGGAAAAUGCCGGCCAAGGUGCUCCGGAAGUUCGUGGUGGACGCGGAGAGCGGGACGAUCACGCUGCAGGAGGCGCUGGACUUCGAGGACACGCGAGGCUACACGCUGCUGGUGGAGGCGAGGGACGGGGGCGGUCUGGUGGCGCACUGCGAAGUGGAGGUGGAGGUGCUGGACGUGAACGACAACGCGCCCGAGGUGACACUGACGUCGGUGUCGAGCCCGGUGCCCGAGGACGCGCCGGCCGGCACGGUGGUGGCCCUGGUGAAAGUGCGGGACCGGGACUCCGGGGAGAACGGGCAGGUGUCGUGCGAGCUGUCGGGCGAGGCGCCGCUGUCGAUCGUGGCGUCGUCGGGCGGCUCGUACAAGGUGGUGACGGCGAGCGCGCUGGACCGGGAGCAGGCGCCCGAGCACCGGGUGGCGGUGGUGGCCAGGGACCGGGGCAGCCCGGCGCUCUCCAGCCGCGCGGCGCUGGUGCUGGAGGUGUCGGACGUGAACGACAACGCGCCGGUGUUCGAGGAGGCCGCCUACAGCGCCUACGUGGCGGAGAACAACGCGGCGGGCGCGCCGGUGCUGCGCGUGCGCGCGCGGGACGCGGACGCGGGCGCCAACGGGCGCGUCAGCUACUGGCUGGCGGGCGGCAGCGCGGGCGCGGCGCCGUACGUGUCGGUGGAGGCGCGGAGCGGCGCGGUGUACGCGCAGCGCUCCUUCGACUACGAGCAGUGCCGCGAGUUCGCGGUGGCGGUGCGGGCGCAGGACGGCGGGGCGCCGGCGCGGAGCUCGACGGCGACGGUGCGCGUCUUCGUGCUGGACCGCAACGACAACGCGCCGCGGGUGCUGUGGCCGGCGGCGGGCGCGGGCGCGGGGGCGGGCGCGGGGGCGGGGGCGGCCCCGGCCGCGGCCCCGUUCGAGGUGGUGCCGCGGUCGGCCGAGGCCGGGUACCUGGUGGCCAAGGUGGUGGCGGUGGACGCGGACGCGGGGCGCAACGCGUGGCUGUCGUACGAGCUGGUGCAGGCGCCGGAGCCGGCGCUGUUCCGCGUGGGGCUGCACAGCGGCGAGGUGCGGACGGCGCGGGCCGUGUCGGAGAGGGACGCGGCGAAGCAGCGGCUGGUGGCCGUGGUGAAGGACCACGGGCAGCCGGCGCUGUCGGCCACGGCCACGCUGCACGUGGUGCUGGCCGAGAGCUUGCAGGAGGCGCUGCCGGAGCUGAGCGAGCGGGCGGCGGGCGCCGACUCGCCGGCGGAGCUGCAGUUCUACCUGGUGCUGGCGCUGGCGCUCCUCUCCGCCCUCUUCCUGCUGAGCGUGGCGCUGGCCGUGCUGGCGCGGGUGCGCCGGGCCGGGCCGCCCGCCGUCCUGCGCUGCCUGGGCGCGCAGCGCUUCUCCGUGGCCGGCGCCGCCUUCCCGGCCGACUUCUGCGAGGGCACCUUGCCCUACUCCUACAACCUGUGCGUGGCGCCGGGCCGCGCCGUCGCCGAGGGCGCUUGGCUGCCGCCGCCGCCGCCCAGCCUGGCCGCGGAGGAGCUUCUCGGCGCGGAGCCCUGCGGGAAGCGGAGCCCGACCAGCAGCGCCGGCGCGGGAGAGCCGCCCGCGGACGCCGAGGCCCCGCAGGUCUGUAAGCCCGCGCAGUCCUUGCCUCUGCGCCUUUCCUAAGCUCACGCCGAGGGGAGUGGGCUCUUGCUCGUCCUUUGGCCGCUUGGGCGCCUGCUGACGCUCUCCCUUUCCACGAACGAAGGAAAGGUCCAACGCUAAGGCUGUGCGAUGUGCUAGUUGUUUUCUUUUUGUGAUAGAGCCCCGAACAGAGGGGGCAUGUGCAUCGCUGCCUGCUGCUGAGUUACUCUCGAGUGGAGCAGCAAGUCCUAAGUGUAAGCACGGUCCGUACCGUGUAUGGCUGUAAAAACAAAACAAAACAAAACAAAACAAAACAACCUGAAAAAACAAAGUGGGGCGAAAUGGAGGCUGAUUGAGAGCGGCCUCCGAUGUGCGGCCGAAAAGCAACGAAGUGGAGAGUAGAGGGCCGUCCCUGAGGAGGACUCCUUGUGAGGGGGGAUCUUCAUUGCUGCCUUGUGCUAUGGCUGGGGGUUAGGGAAACUAA